UCAAAAAAAAAUCCAAAAUCAAAAUCUGUCAAAAUAAUGUAAACAAAUACAAAAUUCGUACAAAAUUUCGAAUAAUCACUUCAGCAUUGGCGGAUUCUAAAUAUUAUUUGAUAAAUAAAUCGUGAUAGAUGGGCAAUAAUAUAUUGUUAUGCCAAGAGAGGCUAGUAAAUCUAGAGGAUGGGAAAAGAUACGUAGAAAUCGCCUCAACGAGGCAUUUGCAUCAUUAGCUAAGGUAUUACCAUGUUACGACCCUUCAGUAAACUUAACCAAAAUUGAAAUACUCACAAAAGCUACCUGCGCUGUUAAAGACUUACAAGAUGAAGUGAACAAAAUAAUAACUCCAAAUGCAGAGAACAAAUCGGAUACAGGUAGUUUAGUGAAUAAACUUCAAGAAAGAAUCAAGAAAUUAAUUGUCAGAAAUGAGCAACUGAGUAACUUGCUGAAGGAUGCUAAAAUUUCAAUCCCGAAAGAGGUUGGCAAUGUUAAAACGUUCACAGGAAAACUUCCGUGGUCCAAAAAAAUAUCUCCCGCACAAGCUAAACUUUUUCAGAAAAAUGAGAUGGAAAAAGAAAAUAUAUCUACUAAACUGGUGCAGGUCAAAAAGAAAAAGAAAAAAUUGGUGAAGGCUAACAGAGUUCCUAAACAAAGCACGAGUAUUGUCAAAAAGUCAGAAAAAAUGAAUUCAAGAAAACGAAAAUCAACAAAAGGAACUGCGUCUUCCACAGCUCGUGUAUUUGUCUUGCCACAAUCUGUAACAGUAGGUGGACUCAACCAACAAUGCUAUUUCAUAACUAAUCCUACAACUAUUUCAUCAGCAAAAUCAAAAGCUAUUACUUCAGGUUCACAAACGUCACAAAUAUCGAGCGCAACAUUUCCUUUAAUCAAUCCAAUAAAACCAUCCUUGGGUCCCGGAAUACUUAUCCUAGCUAAUGGUACGGUAAUACAGGUUUUAUCCAAAUCUCAGGUUAUCGUUUCGGAACCGUCUUUCAUUUCCAAACCCAUACGCAUACCAAAACCAGACGGAUCAAACAAUAGAAAAUCCAACGAGAAAAUUGAAAAUUCGGAGAUGAAAAAAUCUUUGAGUAUUCGACCAAAACCUUGUAUUACGAGAACAACUCAGGUAAAUAAAGUCCCCAUCCCUGCAUUGACGUCUCGUUAUGCUAACAACUAUUACUUGCUAGGUGAAACUAGCGAGAAAAAAAUGUGUGAUGGGAUCGCGAAUAAAAAUUCACCGAAAACCCAAGUGAAAGUGUCUGGUGCAAAAAGAAAAGCGAUGAAAAGAAAAGGUGAUGCUGGUUUUGGUAGUACCGCUAAAAAGUUGAAAAAUAAUACAAAUGAAAACGUAACUGACCCUGAAAUUGAAAAAGAUGUUGAGAAGCCUAAUGAAAAAAAUCCAUCAGAAGUUUUAACAACUUUUGUGUCUGAAGUCCCAGUCAGUGUAAAUAACAUUCCAGAUACUACUGCUACUACUGUUGCAGCUACAAUUACCAGUUCUAAUGUAACAAGUGAUACUAUCAAUGUAGAAUCUACAAUUACCAGUUCAAAUGUAACAAGUGAUACUAUCAACGUUGAAUCUAAAAUUUUAUUCAAUGUUGCACCAAUUCCAUUAUCUGAAGCAUCCAAUUGUGUAAAUAAUAUCCAGAACAAUAGUAAAAAAUUGGUUUCACCGGAAUUGUCAUUGUCGAUAACGGAAGUAGAAUCUGUGAUCCAGAGAGAUGAUGGGAAUGAUAAGAAGGAUGAUGAGAAGGAUACUACUGACGGUACUGAAAAUAAGACGAGAGAAAUAUGUCCAGAUAAUAACGAUGUUAGCAAUAAGAGCAUCUCAGCUUGUGGAAGCUCUCAAAUCUCCAACGCUUGCACCAUAUCAAACGUAAAUAAUUCUGUAACUGUUGACGUGCAUGAAGAUACUAUAAAAAAUCUGGAAUUGAAUCUGGAGCAUUCCGAGUUAUCUAAUGACAUAUUUGCAUCGUUACAAGUACCAACAGGAUGUCAGAAUCCCGAAUCCACUUCUCCCACCGCAGCCUUCUUACUUGCAUUUCCAUUGGUUUCGUCUGUUAAAGUUACCGAUGUUAUAGAUGAUGAUAACUCUGAAAGUCAACGAGAAACUCCUACUUUACUGCAGAUUGGAACGAUGGACUCUACAAAAACUAAACAUACCGAAACGUUAGCUAGCGGAUUACUUGCCUUGGACAGUUUUUCAUUUUUCAAUGGUAAAGAUGUUUAUGGAAACUUCUGCAAUUCGUACCCAUCUGAAACAAAAAAAGGGGAUGAAACUGCUGCAGAAAAAACUGAUACCUCGAAUAAACCUAAUGAUAUUUCUUCUCUACAAAUUUCUGAUCAGUUCACUGUGGAUGAGAUAGUCCACACUCUUCCUUCAAAUGUCCCAGAAGUCACAGAUAAUUCAAAAUUACACGAAAGUUGUUCAAAACAAUCAAAUAGUAUUAAUGAAAAAGAAAGAGAUGAGUUUAGAAAAGCAGAAAGUAUGAACAACUCAUUUAAUGAGAUACUUGUUGAAAAUCCUGUCAAAACAUGUUCAGAAAUUCCAAACAGUAGUAAAGAAGAUGAAAACGCUUGUCAUGAUAUUUCUGAAAAAAAUGGCAAACACGAAAAACAGUCUUGUGAAAAGCAACAUUUCAAAGAGAGUGAUACGUUGUGUCAAGAGAAACCCGAAAGAAAGUUACCAUCCAUUGAUAAUCCUUGUUCUGAAGGACUAAUAGUUAGAAAAAAUGAGACGUGCCAAUAUGAUAUCUAUUCAACAAGUCACGAGGAAACAGUAAAGCGAGAACAUAUUAAUGUUAGUAACAAUAACGGUAAUGCCAAAGUUUUUAGUGGAAGCAAAUUUGACGACAAGGUGAAAGAGGGUUACCAUGAUAAUUCACUGAGUGGCAUAAAAAACACACGAUGUGUUGUGAAUCAGAUAGAGAACAAAAAAUUACCCAAAGCACCAACUGAACAUUUUAGUAGCACUCUCAAAGAUGUACAUGUACCUAAAUCACAAAAUAUCUGCUAUAAUAACACAGUUCCAAAUCAAAAUAUUUCUGCUAAUGUGUUGAAAACCUCUGAAGGUGAUUGUAAAAAUAUCACAAAGAAUAUGUUGAAUGACAUUUCCUUUAUCUGUGACUCCAAACCAGAUUUAUCUAGAAAAAUUGUACCUGAUAUCGUACUACGUGAUUUUGAAAAUAUCCACAACAAUCUUAAAGAGAACAAGAACCUUGAUUUCAACACAGUUAAUAUGAAUCCCAUGAAUAUUUCUUCAACACUAAUAGAUAAAGGAGGCGGUUCACACUACAGUAGUUAUCAGUCCAAAUCAUCGAACAAGAUUGAAAUGAUUUCGUCCAAUUCAAUUAAAAAUUGUAACGAAAACAUUUCUAAUGCUAGACUUUCUGAAAAUACUCAUUUCAGUCUUUUUGAAUUGCCACCCAAAGACAUAACUUCGACUUUAAAUAAUUUCUCCGAUAAAAUUAGUAACAUAAGGAGUGUUGAUUUGAACAUUCAUCCAAAAACAGUAGUUGAUCAUCUUCAACAUCAGAAAAAACCAGAAGAUACAUCCCUGAAAACUUCUGCUCAGAAACCACAGAGUUAUUUUUCUGCAAGCUAUGCGGAUGCUUCCUGCAGUUUCAAUUAUAGAAGCAAUCCUGCAAAAAUGUGUCCCACGUGUUCGUAUAUGAACUUGAAUAAAAAUUAUCCCAAUCCACUUUAUACAAAUUGCACCAAUCAUAACUACAAUUACCCCGAAACAAAUUUCAACCAAAGUUAUUACAAACCUGUUAUUUCUCGAAGUGAAACCAAGUCUCAUCACCCGCUGAACUAUGAAAAUUAUCAGGAACAUAGGAAAAUAGACUAUACCUCAAAAUAUUACGGAAAUACCACGAACUAUAUAAAGGAUAAGAGAACGAAUAACGAUAAGGAAAAAUGUCUUGUUCAGAACAAGCCUGUCAACUGGAUGACAACUCCUGAUAAUCGAGUCCAACAGCCUCCCGAACCUUUUUUACCGACAUUCUCGAAUCAGUCUUAUUCCUUUGCUUCGUGCAAUACCGGUGAAACAGGAGACGCCAGCAGUAUUGAACCAAAGAAAACCGAUAUAGUUCCGUUGGCCCCAGAAGAUAAGCAAUUUUCUUGGUCCCCAACGAAAUUGCCGAACUUCUUGGACACCGCUGCUAGUUUCGUCACUCCGACAUUACCGACCCUGGUUGGGGAUUUGGCUUUGGGCAAUCCCCUCACGUUUGGGGAUCAGAAACCUGAAUGUAAAUAUCCCAAAGAACCUAAACGCAAAAUCGCAGCUUACGAAAACCCGGGUAACUUCUUGUCUGUUAGCCAACUAGUGGAUCACAAUAAAGUAGAGAACGUUCCGUCUAGAAUAGCGACUAGAAGGAAUAGCGGGAACCGAGCUAAGAACAUAAUACCUGCCAAGCAUAAAAAGUCUCCCAAGAAUGACCAGGAUAAAGCUAUUCACCUGAAACCUACACCAAACAACUACAAUAUGUUAGGAACAAAUGAAAUAUUUUAUGAGCAGAAAGUUAGAAACUUGCCUAAAAGUAUGCCGAGCAGCUAUUCGGCCGAGGCCUUAAUCGGAAACCAGGUGCCUGAAGUACCGAAAAAAUAUUCUUCCGGUACCAUCAAGCCGGUGGGAUCUUCAAAUUUUUUGACGGAAAAUAUCAUCAAUUAUUUUCCUGCUGUUGAUGACGGUUAUUUGUCUCAAAACCAAAAUAUGCUGCACUCCUUUCAAAACAAUACUUACAAUACCAACACCUUCGUCUAUGCCGCGCCCACUAUUUCAUCCACUCACGUUACUAGUAAUUUUGACUCAAUCGGGCAUGAAUAUGCGCACGAUAACUUCCUCCAUGUACCCAACACGGUGGUCAAAGACAGCAAGAUUUGUCCCAAUAAGAACUAUAGGCAGUCAACUAAGGAUGAAAAGAACGUGACUUACACGAACAACGUGAAAAAAUCGAGGAAGAAGCAGACCGAUGAGACUAAUAACGGCGGUUUCGAUUAUCCACUGCUAUCGAUGCAUGGCUCGACUAACUCUCCUAUUUUACCCGAUGAUUUUCAUUCCCAUUCAAAUUUCUUACCUCCUACUACACCCUACACUUCUAAAAAUUCCUUUUACCAGAGGCAAGGAAAUGAAUUCAACUCUGCCGCUGUGCUACCUUUGACGGGUCUUCAUAGAAACAACAUGCAGCACUCCGAACCACCUUCUAUGAAUGUGGCAGGAACCUCUUUAACAAACUUCAAUUUGAGCACCAUUUUCCCGGAAAUAAAUAAGGGUACAAUUUCAAACAUGUAUUCGGAUAACAGGAGUAAGGAGCAUUCUACCUCACAGCAAGUGCCCUUCAACAUUGAUCCCAAAUAUACGUUUCCCGUUUGAAAUAGGCUCAGUAUUAUAUUUGCAUCUGUUGAAUAGCUUAUGUUUGUAUAAUAUAUGUAAAUAGAUGAUAUAAAAGGAGUAAGCCUUCUUAAUAAAACAAUUUCGUCUGGA